GGUCAGUCUUGGAAGAGUUACAAGGAAGCUCACCUUUGUCACCAGUGGAUUGGUCAACAACCUCAACUUCUACGGACAAGACAUCACGACCAUGUGCAGCGGACUCACCAUCUACAGAGCUUAUGAAGUUCACGGACUCCAAGUCAACCAGGGACCAUGUGUCACCCUCAAUGUCCUGAAAGUUGUGGACCUGAAGUACUGCAACAACAAUGGCAACAUUGACCAGUCUCAGCAGAGUGAUGACAACUGCCAGAUCUCUGUUGGGGGAGUCUUCCAAAAUAUGACCAUCAGUAGUCAAACACGUGUGGCAGUUUUUGAACAAAGAAGCAACGAUUUGUCUUGGAAAACCAUCUGGAACUACAACACGGGCGUCAUUGCAACCAAAGUGAUGCAAGAGAGAACUUGCUACAUUUCCGUCAUGAACCAGAAGGAGAUGCCCAGCUUUGAUGCCCUGCUCAGACUGGCUGCAGAGAACAGGAACCAGGUCGGUCUUGGAAGAGUUACAAGGAAGCUCACCUUUGUCACCAGUGGAUUGGUCAACAACCUCAACUCCUACGGAGCAAACAUCACGGCCAUGUGCAGCGGACUCACCACCUACAAAGCUUAUGAAGUUCACGGAACCCAAGUCAACCGGGGACCAUGCGUCACCCUCAAUGUCCUGAGAGCUGUGGAGCUGAAGUACUGCAACAACAAUGGCAACAUUGACCAGGUCUGAAACCCUUACUCUUCUCCACCCGAGGGCGGGGGCUGCCCAAAGCCAAGCCCCAUGUCUUUCUUGCCCGGCAUCUCCUCUUUGGAGAGCUUACUUCUUGGGGAUGCAGAGGCUGAAACACAUCGGGGGUGACCAGAGCUUUCCCUUCAAGACCUUGAGCCUGCAUUCCUUCUGGCUACU